GACCAACCGCGAAUGAUGGCAAAGCAAUUAUCUGACUUCCGAUGUGCGCGCAUUGUGGUGGAAUGUGGCGGCGACGCACACACAAAAAAGGAUGGGGCAAACAAACCACCCAUGUGGCUGGCAAUCGAUUACUUGCUGCGCCCUUUCGGUAGUUUAACCUUUUGGAGCUUCUAGCCACCACCGCCCCCGGGAGACACUGACACGAAGAAGAAACCGGGUGGACAUUGUGAGGGAAGGAUAUCCUUUUGCGUGACGAUAAAUUCCUUUCGCCUCUUCUAGUCGUUGCUUUGGGGGAGGUGGAAGAAAUGGGACACACCCAACGGUUUUAGUGCUAGCACCACCCGGAAUGUGGUGGGCUAGGCUGUCGGAGUGUGUCUGUGUCUGUGUACAAGGAUAAAUUGUUAGUCCUGGUGUGCGAACGAUGACACCAGCAACAAGUCAUUAGGGAGAAUCUUUACCCGUUUCCCCUUGCUUCCUCCAUAUACCGCCCCAAAAGGAGUGGAGUGAAUCGAUGGCUGUAACCCCCGCCGAAGAGUGUCGGUAAUGAACCGAGUCCGUUUAGUCGUUGUUGCGCUUUCGGACGGUGUACACACUACGGCCAAACAAUGGGUAACAAAGUGGUCACCUUCACCGACCAGCAGCUGGAGGACUAUCAGGACUGUACGUUCUUCACGCGCAAGGAGAUACUGCGCGUGCAUCAGCGGUUCCACGAGGCCAGCCCGGACCUGGUACCGGUCAUAAUGACCGAGGGACAAGCGUCCACCAUACAGGUGCCGCGGGAACGCAUCGAACGGUUGCCCGAGCUGGUGGAAAACCCGUUCAAGGGCCGCAUGUGUGAAGCGUUUUCGCGCGACGGCGACGGUAACCUGACGUUCGAGGACUUUCUCGACCUGCUGUCCGUGUUUAGUGAGCAGGCGCCGCGUGACAUUAAGGUGUACUACGCGUUCAAAAUUUACGAUUACGAUCGUGACGGGUUUAUAGGGCAGUCGGAUCUGCUGAACGUGAUCACUGCGCUCACGCGCAACGAGCUAUCGCUGGAGGAGCACCAGCAGAUAGCGGAAAAGGUUAUCGAGGAGGCGGACGUGGAUGGGGACGGGAAGCUGUCCUAUCUGGAGUUCGAGCACGUGAUAACGCGAGCGCCCGACUUUAUAUCGACGUUUCAUAUUCGUAUCUAGAGUAUUUUAGGUGUGUUAAUUGUUUUAUCAUAUAUGAAAGAAUUUAUCACAGUUUUGCCGCUUGGAAGAGUAUUUUAAUAUAAAUAAAUAUGUGUGGC